CUCACCAAAACACCAACGAGCUUCACGCAUAAAUGAUUUUUUUACUAUGAAUAAAGGAAGAGCUGGUCUAUGGUGUACACUGUACAUACAGUCUUAACAGUGAACUUAGUUCAUACUCGUUAACUUAUUCGCCAUGGACGAUUUACUGGGAAAGAUCACGCAGCAGGCGAUGGGCUAUGCGAUCAGGUCUGGAAUCGCCAUAACAAGUGGUUAUGCAGUAGGACAGUGCUCAAGGUUCUUAAAGACCGUUAACAAUAAUGAGGAGUUUCACGAACUCCAAGGCCUUCAGAUGCGGCUUGACAGCAAGAUCAGAAUUAUUUCACCAGCAAUUGACAUGAUCGAGCUGAUCUCGGCUCGCGGCAAUACUUCACUCGAGUCUGCAGUCACUCUGACAAAGGAGUUGCGCUGGGACAUACAGUCUCUUGGUGUCCGUCUUGCCAAAGCUGCGGGUGCUGAAGAAUCGGCUCGCCGCGGAACCGGUCGAUCCAAAUCUGGCCCUGGCCACAAGGCUGAAUUGCGCUUCAUUGUUCAAGAUAUAAAGCGAUUGCUGACUCGUAUCGAAGAUGCUGUCCCGUUGAUCAACCUUGCAAUCGCUACAUCUGGGGCUAGUCUUUCAACGACCUUGCCUGCUUCUGUGUCUCCGUCAAGACUUCUUCAAGCAAGCACUUUCCUCACGGCGUGUGAUACACGUUACUCACUAGAUCCCAGCCGUCCGAUCCAAGUUGGGCCGACAUUUACACUCUCUGUAUAUAUGCUAUUCACAGGGCAUUCCAAUAGACCUCAUGAUGAAAGAGGUCUAAGAGACAUGGUCUGGAAAGAGGCCAUACAUAAGGCAAGAGUCAAAUUAAUGAGGAGCUCCUUGAGUGGUUCCUACGAUGAUGGCGCCAAUUCUGAUUUCAGGUCUUCUACUAACACCAAUGACCUUGGCGAUGGUUCUACCGCGGGGAGUAAUGAGAAUGACGACAGGUCGGAGCUUCAAAUAGCAGGAGAAGGGAAAGCCAAUGAGUAUUCCUAUCGUCUCGUUGUUGUUGAAGAUCUGAAUGAUAAUCGAGUACAUACCUACGAAGAAAAUGAGCCUCAACCCGGCCCGUUUGAAGAUGUAGCCCUUGCAGGUUUAAGAGAGCAUUUUCCGAUACACCAGAUAUCGAAAAUAUUCUACGCUGACACUGGCAAAAUCCUCAACAUAGGCAGCGAAGGAGAAGCAAAUAGCCCUGUUCUUCUUUUGAAGCGUGAUGUGAACGCCGUUCCUCCACGGCGCAUGAUGGAAUCCUCUGAACGCGACAAUCUGUGGGAUGAACAUGAACCGUUCGAAAGCGUGGAAGGAGAAGGGAGACAGCUAGAGGACUCGAUAUAUGAUGACACCGAAACCGACCCGGAUGAAUCCCAGCUAGAUAUCGACGAGCAACUUCGCCGAGAAAACUCGGUUUUGGAGCCAAAUGAGUUACCCAAUGCAGAUGCAGACGUACGCAAGGAACCGGUUUGGGGUUUCCCACCUAACCUGGACCCUGAAUGGGUAGCUUUUGAAGUUUACGUAGGAUCCGAUGAUGAAGAAAGCUCUGAUGAUGAAGAGGAACCAGCCACAGUUCGCCCAGGCUCCUCACACGAGUCACCCUCUGAUCCAGAUCUUACAAGAAGUUUGUCGAACCUUGACAUCGGCAGCUCCUCAUCAACUGGUAGCCCCAGUCCACAAAAACGUCGCUAUUCCCGCCCACCGAAUGCCCCACAAGCGUCUUUUACGCCUUUCGGGCCAGUUCGCUCCUCACUCUCCCUCCUAGAAAUGCUCAUUCGCCUCACGGCCCUCCAGCAAUUCCAGCAAGCAUCGCAUCUCUCCAUCCCGGACGAAUUGCUUAACUUCUUCCUCGAAGAAUCAUCCACUACAGGCGCCGGUGGGGAUGUCGAAGAGAGACGCCGAAGGCGCUUUGAAGCCAGACAGAAAGUCGGAUUUGACCCGUAUGAUGAGAGCCCGAUAAAACACAGAGGAGAAGAUUACCAAUAUGGGUCUCAGCCGUCCAGCCCAGCAACGCGGGGUGGGCCUGGCUUUGAUGAAUAUGAUCAAUCACCGCUGCCAAGAAAAGGCUGGGAGAGAUCACGGAGCGCAACGCCAAAUAGUGGAACCCCAGACUGGUUGCUGCGGAAUAAAGAAAACUCAUCAGGUUCUAGAAAGGGCAGGACUGGGGAAUUUCCUUCGUCACCUGGGUCGCCAUACAUACCGGCACCGAAGGCGUCUCGUCCUCUAGACCGUAUCCAACAAGAGCGGCGAGGCGCAAAGGGGAGUCCCCUGGGCAGAGGAGUCAGUGUCGAGACUGAUUCGAGUCUUGGAACGAGCCCGCUCAGUCCGACUCAGAGUGGGAAGAAACUUCCAAAGGAUGAAUGAUUAAUGACGGAGGGUUGUUAGAAUUAUGGGGUCUUAACAUUGCAAAUCAUUGUAAUGGGGCGGUAUUUCAAACGGGUUACAAUAAAAUUCGAGAUAAAUGAUACCAAGAUCCAGUGUUGCCCGAGUACUACUCGUUGCGAGUACUACUCGAGUAAUUACUCGAGUAGUACUCGACUCGAAGAAAUCUGAACUACUCGAGUACUACUCGAGUAGUACUCGAGUAGUACUCGAGUAGUUGCCAAGAUAGCCAAGAAGCGGGGUAAGGACGUAGACAGAAUUGUAGAAUAGGAAAAGUGAAGCUUUCAAUGACCUGAAUAUUACUGUGAUACUUGCUAUCGCCAAGAUGAGUGAGUCUUCGCUAUCACCGCCGCCCCCAGACGACGCGGACGAAUAUGAGAAUGCUUCUCAAGAGCUACUCUUACCCCUACCACUUGUACGCAUGCCUAUAUUGUCUCAAGACCAACCGUUACCAGAUUCUGACUCAAUCCUCUUUGUAAAGGGUUUAUACUCUCGUACUAUUCUUGAUAAUGCGCCCUUAAGAAUAUCAUUUAAGUGCUUGCAGCCACAUUGCACAUAUACACCAUCACAGCCUACAAGGACGCAAACAACGAGUAAUCUUUGGAAGCAUUUAAAGACACAACAUCCAGCAGUACAUGCACAAUAUAAGAAAAAGCACGUUCAAGACAGAGAUAUACAGCCUUCUUCUUCAACUACAGCUACGUUCUUCCAGCCUCGCAAAGUAUCUAGCCAUACACCAAAUUCGUCGAAAUUUAGAGAGCUUCUACUCUCAUUUAUUGUAUCUAAUAACCUACCAUUACGAACAUCUGAGAGUCUAUCCUUCCGGCAGCUUGUUUGCCAUUUAAAUCCAACAACACUUGUAAUUGGACGGACGACAAUUGGAAGAGACUUGCAACGGAUAUUUUGCAUUCAUAAAGCUAGGCUACAACUUGAAUUGCAGCAGCAUACUGCACAAGGUGGACGAAUAUCUUUAACAACUGAUACUUGGUCCGCACGCAACUAUUCUGAAUACGCUGCAGUAACAGCACAUUGGAUCUCUGAUAAGUGGCAGUUACGAUGCACAGUCUUAGAUGUUAUUGAGCUACGAGAGCCAAUCCAUUCUGGUGAAUAUCUUGCAGAGCAGUUAAUAGCCGUUACAGACGACUAUGGUAUUACUCCAGCAGUUUUUACUAUCACUCGUGAUAACGCCUCUGCAAACACUACUAUGCUCUCAGAAUAUGAGAAUUUAGCAUGUAAGAGCGAAACUACGUUACAGCAACCAUGGGCAUAUACAACAAAAGAAGGCGAUGUUAGAUGUAUUGGACACAUUAUAAACCUUGCUGUUCAAGCUGCUUUAACAUCGUUAAAGGCAGUACCAGCAGAGGAGCCAAAUGCAUACCGUCUUGAGUAUGGAGCUGCCCGAGUUCCAUUACUACCAGAAAACGAGUCAGUAGCUGUUCUUAGCAAACUUCGGCGUCAUAUAUAUGUGUUUCGCAACCGACGACAAUGGAAAGAUGCUCUAAAAAAGCAAUGUGAAGCUGUAAAUAUUGAGUUUAAGCAGCUUAGCCUCGAUAUGCCAGUACGAUGGAGCUCAACAUAUUAUAUGCUUCAUUUAGCGUUAAGGUUACAAGGUCCAAUAACAGCUCUCUGUGCAUCUCAGCAGCUUGAUUUAAGUAUGAAAGAUAUAGCUUUAACAGCAAAAGAUUGGCAAACGAUGAAGGCGUUAUCAGAUUUAUUCUACAUCUUUAUACGGCCAACAGAGAAGCUACAAGGCUCUUCUUAUCCUACUUUAAAUUAUGCUGUUAUACAGUAUAUGAGAAUGACGCAAAAGCUUGAAGUCUUUAAAGCUGGAUAUACAGAGAACAGCACAAUAUACGACGCUUGUUUAGUAGCAUUAAAAAAGCUCAAUGAGUAUUACUCACUUGCAACAAAUCAACAGCAGAGUCAUUCAACUAUAGCUACAAUAUGCGACCCACGGUAUAACUUUAACGUGUUUGAUAUUAUCUGGCCAAAAAGCAUUCAAGACACACGGAAAAGGCGGGCAAAAGCGCAGUGGCAAGAAUGUUAUUAUAAAUAUUCAGGCAAGGCAUCAGACAUCCAAGCAGCAAAGGUUAUAGAAAGUAUACAAGAUGAGGAAUUAGAAGAUGAGAAUUCUAAGAAGACAGAGUCUGAUUCUGAGGAUGAGCUAUAUGUCUCACAACGGCAGCCAGAUUUGGAUCCAGAAUGGAAGCGCUGGAUGAACGAGCCAACUCUUGGGCCUAAAAUUGAUAUACUCAAGUUUUGGGCAAGUAAGCAAUACCAAUAUCCAAUACUUGCUGCAAUUGCCAAAGAUCAUUUAGCAAUUCCUGCUACAUCUGCAGAAUCCGAGCGAGUGUUUAGUGUUGGUGGCGAUAUUAUUACAAAGAAACGGAACAGGUUAGCACCAUCUACACUACGAUAUCUUAUAUGUCUUAGGAAUUGGGGCGUGGUAUCAGUAGGUGAGGAUUCAGAGGAAGACGAGGAUGCAUAGUUACUGUAUUUCCAUAGUCUAUAUAGCUAUUAAUGGUGUUUUCAUUUUUA